CUCGGUUGUCUGUCCUGUCUAAAGUCUCUGGCAGCAGGCUUGUUGGUAGCUUGACUGUGCAAAGACGGCAAGAAGCGACCGACCGGCGGGGGAGGCAGGCAAAGUAAAGGACAGGGGGAAUUUAGGCUGUGUCCCGUAUUUGGAAUAAUCAAGACUACAGUUUUGCGCUUGACGUGAAGCGAGCUCCUCUGUAACCUUCAAAAAGGACCCGCAUUUUGACGGCUAACUUAACGUUACUGCUGGAACUCUCGAACUAGCUAACCGUCGUUGUGAACUGGGAAGAAACUAAAGAGAUAUUUGAUUUCUGGACGAAGAAUGGGAUUUAAGUGAACAUAUCUGCCAGCAUUGAGUUGUGAAAACAAGGGAAUAUUUUCCAGUUGGAUGGAAAAAACAUACUGUCGAAAGAGGCAAAAUUCAGUUAAGCCCUGUUAACGCUGUGUACGUUAUAUGUCAACUCCUGGAAAAAAGGGGCAACGAUGGCAUUUAGGAACGAAGAAAAGUAACAUUAACGGUAGCUCGCUGGCUAGCUAAAUAGCUAACAUAGCAGGCUGCUAACUAAGCCUGUGUCGCCCUUCCAUUCCUGGAGUAGAGGAGGGGCGCUGGGGCUUUGUAGCAUUGCAGAUCUGCCUUGCAUUUUUGGGUUGCUGCAAGAAUGGAGAAUCCCAAAUAUCUGCCACCACAACUCAGGGGUUUCUGUUGAACCACAUUGACUCGAUUUUUGUUGUAUUUCUCACACAGAGAAGACCAGAAAACUGCCAUCUUACGUUGGGAUUUCAUCAAAAUCAGCCGGCCCGGGGCAGACAGGGUCUGUAAUUGUGACUAUUUCUUUUCGUAUAUGUCCUGUGGGGAUAGGUAUUUUAAAAUGGGGAAGUGCUACACUUCGUAGAUACUGGAUCUUGAGAGGGAGAUCAUGAACUGGCCGGUUUUAACGCGGAUUUAGCCCCUGCUUGUGCUCAACUCAAAGUUUUCUUUUAUUAUUUUCGAGACAUAUUCAAGGUGGGAGAAGUUCUUUACAGGCCCCUUCUGUGCUAACUAACAGGCCGAGGAGCUGUUUGGCCAUUUCGCUUUCCAUCUCAUCCAUCACCAUUACUUCAAAAAUCAACAAGCCGGAAUAACGUAAUCAUGUCGGGCGAGGUGCGUUUGAAGAAGCUGGAGAACCUGAUCCUGGACGGGCCAGCUCGGUCCAAUGGCCAGUGCCUGAGUGUGGAAACGCUGCUGGACAUCCUGGUCUGCCUUUACGAUGAGUGCAACAACUCUCCACUCAGAAGAGAGAAAAACAUCCUGGAGUUUUUGGAUUGGGCGAAACCCUUCACUUCCAAAGUGAAGCAGAUGCGCCUGCACAAGGAAGACUUUGAGAUCCUCAAGGUGAUUGGUCGAGGAGCGUUUGGAGAGGUUGCAGUCGUAAAAGUGAGAAACACUGACAAGGUAUUUGCCAUGAAGAUUCUCAACAAGUGGGAGAUGCUGAAGCGCGCUGAGACGGCGUGUUUUCGCGAGGAGCGGGAUGUGUUGGUAAAUGGGGACUGCCAGUGGAUCACCACCCUGCACUACGCCUUCCAGGACGACAAUAAUCUGUACCUGGUCAUGGACUACUAUGUUGGUGGCGAUCUGCUGACUCUGCUCAGUAAGUUUGAGGACCGGCUGCCGGAGGAGAUGGCCAGGUUCUACCUGGCUGAGAUGGUGCUGGCCAUCGACUCCGUCCACCAGCUCCACUACGUCCACAGGGACAUUAAGCCCGACAACAUUCUGUUGGACAUGAACGGCCACAUCCGCCUGGCUGACUUCGGCUCCUGCCUCAAACUGAUGGAGGAUGGGACGGUCCAGUCCUCUGUGGCGGUGGGGACUCCAGACUACAUCUCCCCAGAAAUCCUCCAGGCUAUGGAGGACGGGAAGGGCAAGUAUGGUCCUGAGUGUGACUGGUGGUCCCUGGGAGUCUGCAUGUAUGAAAUGCUGUACGGCGAGACUCCUUUCUAUGCAGAGUCCUUGGUGGAAACCUAUGGGAAGAUCAUGAACCACAAGGAGCGGUUCCAGUUCCCACAGCAGAUAACAGACGUGUCCGAGGACGCCAAGGAUCUGGUACGCCGGCUCAUUUGCAGUCGAGAGCACCGAUUGGGCCAAAACGGCAUUGAGGACUUCAAGCACCACCCCUUCUUCAUUGGCAUUGAUUGGGAAAACAUUCUUACGUGUGAGGCGCCGUACAUCCCUGAGGUCAGCAGUCCUACAGAUACCUCCAACUUUGAUGUGGAUGAUGACUGCCUGAAGAACUCGGAGACCAUGCCCCCACCCUCUCACACUGCCUUCUCUGGCCACCACCUGCCCUUUGUGGGCUUCACCUACACCAGUAAAUGUACCCUAUCUGACCGGGCCUGCCUGCGACAGCUGGCAGGGGAGCCGGGUAAGGCAGGCCGGGACCAAUUGGACCUGGAUGUCCAGCGAAGCCUGGAGGACAGCCUGGCCACAGAGGCUUACGAGAGGAGGAUCCGUCGCCUGGAGCAGGAGAAAAUAGAGCUGAGCCGCAAACUCCACGAGGCGACUCAGACGGUGCAGGACCUGCAGCACCCAACAGGCGAGGGCCCUGUCAGCGCCAACAAGGAGGUGGAGAUCAGGAGUCUGAAGAGCGAGAUCGACAUCCUCAAGAAGCAGAUUGCUGAGUCGGGCCAUCGGGAGAAGCAACUGGAGGACGUGUCGUCGGCGCGCAGGGAUUUGGAGGACUCAUCCAAACAUGCCAAGACUCUGGAGAAACAGAUGAAGAGCGUUACACAGGAGAGGGAUGACAUGCACAAGGAUCUUGCUGAGUCCAACGAGAAGCUGAAGUCUCAGUCGAAAGAGCUGAAGGAAGCCCACAGCCAGAGAAAACUGGCCAUGCAGGAGUUUUCUGAGAUUAACGAGAAACUCACAGCAGACCUCAGGUCGGUGAAGCAGCGUCUGGCUCGCCAGUUGCGCGACAAGGAGGAGGAGAUGGAGAGCCAGACUCAGAAGCUUGAGGCGCUUCGCCUUGAGGUGCGGAAGUCUGAGAGGGCCAGGAAAGAGAUGGAGGUACAGACGGAGGAGAAGACAGCGGAGGCUAUGAAAGAGAGGAAGCUGAGAGAGCGUAAUGAGCAGUAUAGCCGACAGCUGGAGGAGGAGUUGGAAGGGCUUAAGCUGAAGCAGGCCGGCUCCUCUGCUGCCCCAGCUUCAGCGGACCAGACCCAGGAAGUUGGCCGCCUGCGGGGCGAUCUGGAGAAGAAAACGCUCCUGUACGAGGAGGAGUUGGCACGCAGGGAAGCGCAGCACAGCUCGGAGCUGAAAGGCCUGCGCAAGGAGCUACGGGACGCUGAGAGCCAACACCUCGCCCUGCAGAAAGAGAUCCUGAUGCUCAAAGACAAGCUGGACAAGACUCGCCGCGAGAGUGAUGAUUGCAUCAGCCAAAGCGAGCGAGAAGAGAUUGAGACGGAGAACAAGCAAAAGUACGAUAGGGAGAGAGUCCUGCUUACUGAAGAAAAUAAGAAGCUGUCCAGUGAACUGGAUAUGCUGACCAGCUUGUUUGAGAAGGUGAGCAACUCCAACAGGCAGCUGGAGGAGGAGAUGAGGGAGUUGGCUGACAAAAAGGAGAGUGUAGCUCACUGGGAGGCCCAGAUAACUGAAAUCAUCCAAUGGGUGAGUGAUGAGAAGGAUGCUCGGGGCUACCUACAGGCUCUGGCUACUAAGAUGACAGAAGAGCUGGAGGGACUGAGAAACACCAGCCUAGGAGCGAGAGCCACGGACAUGCCGUGGAAGAUGCGCCGCUUCGCGAAGCUGGACAUGUCCGCCCGUCUGGAGCUGCAGUCGGCCUUAGACGCUGAGAUCAGAGCCAAGCAGAGCAUCCAGGAUGAACUGAACAAGGUCAAGGCCAACAACAUGUCAACAGAAUGUAAACUGCAGGAAGUGGAAAGUAAAAACCAGGAGCUCCUGGCUGAGAUCGACAGGCUGAAGAAAGAGACAGAGGAGCUGCGGCUACGAAGGGGUGUCAAGCACCAGGAUUCCCAGAAUUCCUUCUUGGCUUUUCUCAAUGCCCCCACCUCAGCCCUCGACCAAUUUGAUGACUCUUAUUCCUCAUCCUCAUCUUCUUUAAUUGAGUUUUGGGAAGACCGCUCGCCCUCCGUUGGCCCAGCUAGCAAAGGCAGACGCGUGGACUCUAUGGAUAACUUCACCCCCUCCAACACUCCAUCCCGGGAAGAUGACCCUAAGUCCCUCCUCAAGUCCCGAUCGCGGUCACCCUCCACGGCUAGUGACAUGGAGCCCAUAGAGUUGAUAGACCAUCCUCCUCGUACAAUCCAGACCCCCACAAUGCGCUCAGGGGGUUACGGCAGCAUUGGACGCUCCUCUCCUAAGCCCAAAGCACAUCAGUUUGUGGUGAAGUCAUUCACCACGCCCACUAAGUGUAACCAGUGCACUUCCCUCAUGGUGGGGCUCAUACGUCAAGGCUGUACCUGUGAAGUGUGUAACUUCUCCUGCCAUGUAACAUGUGCGGACAAGGCUCCGGCUGUGUGUCCCGUGCCCCAGGACCAGACCAAGGGCCCGCUGGGUAUUGACCCUCAGAGGGGUAUUGGUACUGCAUAUGAAGGCCACGUCAGGGUGCCCAAGCCUACAGGGGUGAAGAAGGGUUGGCAGAGGGCGAUGGCUGUGGUGUGUGACUUCAAACUGUUCCUCUACGAACUGGGAGAAGGAAAAGUAACGCAACCAAGUGUAGUAGUCAGCCAAGUCAUUGAUAUGAGGGAUGAGGAGUUUUCAGUCAGUUCUGUCCUGGCUUCUGAUGUCAUCCACGCCAGCCGCAAAGACAUCCCUUGUAUAUUCAGAGUGACAGCGUCCCAGCUCUCCCCCUCCAGCAACCACAAGCCCUCCAUCCUGAUCCUGGCCGACAGCGAUCAGGAGAGGAACAAAUGGGUGGGCCUACUCAACGAGCUCCACCGCAUCCUCAAGAAGAACAAGCUCAAGGAGCGCUUUGUCUACGUGCCCAAGGAGGCGUACGACAGCACCCUGCCGCUCAUCAAGACAACACAGUCUGCUGCUAUCAUAGAUCACGAGCGUGUCGCCCUGGGCAACGACGAAGGCCUUUUUGUCAUCCAUGUCACCAAAGAUGAAAUAAUCCGGGUGGGGGACAACAAGAAGGUGCACCACAUCGACCUGAUUCUCCAGGAGCAGCUGCUGGCGGUCAUCUCCGGCAAGAACCGUCACGUCCGACUCUACCCCACGCAGGCCUUGGACGGCCGCGAGGCGGACUCCUUCAAGCUGGCUGACACAAAGGGCUGCCAGACCAUUGUCUCUGGCCCCAUCCGCAACGGCUCGCUCACCUGCCUCUGCGUGGCCAUGAAGAAACAAAUCAUCUGCUACGAGGUGAAUAAAAGUAAAAACCGUCACCGUCGGCUGCCACAGAUGCAGGUGCAGGCCCCAGCGGCCAUUCAGUGGAUUGGUCUGCUCAGCGAGCGGCUCUAUGUAGGAUACCAGUCUGGCUUCACCCGCUACAGUGUCCACGGCGACAUGGACCCUGUCAACCUCCUCCACCCCGAGGACCACACCCUGGCCUUCAUCCCCCAGCAGGCCCUGGACGCCCUCUGCGCCGUGGAGAUCUCCAGCAAGGAGCUGCUGCUGUGCUUCAGCUUCAUCGGCGUCUACGUGGACUCCCAGGGCCGCCGGUCGCGGCAACAGGAGCUGAUGUGGCCCGCUGUUCCCAACUCUGCUUGCUACAACGCCCCCUACCUGUCGGUGUACAGUGAGAACGCUGUCGAUGUGUUUGAUGUCAACACCAUGGAGUGGAUUCAGACCAUCCCUCUGAAGAAGGUGCGACCUCUGAACGUUGACGGCUCUCUGAACCUGCUGGGACUGGAAACAGUCCGGCUCAUCUAUUUUAGAAACAAGAUGGCCGAGGGUGACGAGCUGGUCGUCCCGGAGACGUCAGACAACAGCAGGAAGCAGAUGGUGCGCAGCAUGAACAACAAGAGACGCUUCUCCUUCAGGGUGCCGGAGGAAGAGCGACUACAGCAGAGGAGAGAGAUGCUGCGAGAUCCAGAGAUGAGGAACAAGCUGAUCUCCAACCCCACCAACUUCAACCACGUGGCCCACAUGGGACCAGGAGACGGGAUCCAGAUCCUUAAAGACCUGCCCAUGGAGAGCCGUGCGGGCUUCAGCGGUUCAGUCAGCAUCCCCUCCAUCACCAAGAACCGGGCCGAGCCGGGCCGUUCCAUGAGCGCCAGCAGCGGUCUGGGCAUACGCUCGUCCUCCCAGAACGGCAGCGCUCUGCGCAGAGAAAUGUCCGGAGGAAGCUACGGCAAGCGGCAGACCAUGACCUCGCCCUCAGAGAGCUCCCUGUCUUCGGGCGGGGGCAUGGACUGUGUUGAUGCUCCACUCUCACAGUUCGACAGAGAGUGGCAGGCAGUCUCACCGUCGGAGAAGACCCCCGAUCUGAAAAGGGCUUUAAGGACCCUGCUUAGUAAAAUGAAGGUAAUGUCAACAGCUGCAACGGCUGCACCAAACACACAAACUGAGAUCACCGUGUCACUGAAUAUGCACCCACACUGUGUCAUUUCAAAAUCUACACAAAAAAACAAAACACCAACACACAGCGACUGUGCCGUCAGCCGAAGCUUUCGCUCUCGCGGCACCAUCUCCGCUCCGUCACAUCUGCGGCAGCAUCUGAUGGCCUGUCACAUCUGUCAGCGGAGCAUCAGCUGCACCAUCGGUCUGUCCCUCACCUGGCCCUCUGUCGUUUUUUUGGGUUGCUGGUUGAAACCGCUGCAGCUUGGCCAUUUUGCAUAACCACAAUCACCGAGCAUGUCUGCUUCCACACAGCCUGCCCAUGUUUCUAACCAUGAGCGGUCCAGCUCAGAGCACAACUAGGCCAGACGGAUGUAGAAUCUG